AUGGAAAAUACAUCAAAUUUAUCACCAAUUGAAGAAGCAAUAUUAAAACGAAUAUUAACUAAUCAAACUGUUGAAGGUGUUAUUGUAACAAAUGAAGAUAGACAACUUCAAUAUACAUCAUUGGAUAAUAAUAUUACAUUUUUCAUAAGUUCAAAAUUACUUUCUUUUGCUGAUAUUGUUCGAUCAACUAUCCGUGAUAUUGAUCCAACAGAUGAUUUAUUAACAUUUCGUCUUCAAACACGACAUAAAGAAAUGAUGGUUGUUACACCUAAUGAUGGCAUGCAAGUAAUUGCUAUACAAAAGAUUAAUUUAUCAUCAUCAACAUCGCCAAAACAACAAAAUGACAAGGAACAUAAUGACAAUUUUUCAUAG